GUUGUUACUUGUAGUCAAUCCGCAACAUGAUUGGUACCAGGCUUAAUUUUUUUUUACUACCCCUUCCCUUUCACCCCAGGGGUCAAUGGGUUGUGAGAAGACUUGCAGGGUGGAGAAACUCCUGAAACGGUGUCAGAGGGAGUGUGUUGUGAGCCUGAGCCAAAGGUUACCUCCAGCAAAGAGGAGCAGUCGGAUGAAAGGCACAGACAAGCUCAGAAAUGAAGUGGUGCCACUGCAGCUCCACAGUGGACAGCGUUUGGACAACCUUUGUCUUCUAGAGAACAGCAGUGUGGCCCUGAGCCUCAACCCUGAGACGCUGAGCAGCCAGAGGCUAAAACAGAGCUUACUGGAGACCGAGAUCAGCGCCAAGAGAAAGGAGUGUGAAGCGCUUGAGGCAGAGGUGAAGAAAAAAAAUCAAACAUGUCAGACUUUGGAGAAUGAGCUUCAUGAGUUUUUCCAGGAGAACACACACUUAAGCCUCCAGUUUUUCAGCGGCAGUCAUAAAUCAUCCGAAUAUGAGAGGGUGAAGUCUGAGUAUGCCCGACUCAAAGAUACGCUUGGUGCUGUGACGCAGGAGAGAGAUUUAGCCCUGUGGGAGAGAAACCAGCUCCAAGGCAAACUGGAGAACCUAGAGCAGGUGCUCAAGCAUAUGCGUGAGGCUGCGGAGCGGAGGCAGCAGCUCGAGUUGGAGCAUGAGCAGGCCUUGGCUGUACUCAAUGCAAAGCAGCAGGAGAUUGACCUGCUUCAGAAGGCUCAGGUUGAGGCUAAAAAGGAACAUGAGGGUGCUGUCCAUCUUUUAGAGAACCACUUGGACAGCAUGCAGGCCAAAGUGCGUGAGCUAGAGGAGAAAUGUCGGAAUCAGAGCGAGCAGUUCAACCUGCUGUCCAAAGAGCUGGAGAAGUUUCGUCUGCAGGCGGGCUUUGACAUCCUCAGCACUGAAUCUUUGACAGUGUGUGAAUCUCCCGCCUCUCCCAACAAAUCCCUGUCCCAGCUUCUAAAUGGAUUGGCAGCCCCCAUAGGCAAAGGCGGUGAGACUCCGACAAGCAGAACUUUGAUAUCGGAGUUCAUUCGUCCAUUGCAGACUGGCGGAGACAAACCGGAGCUCCUCUCUGUCAAGCCAACAUUCCUUACUCGCAGUCGGGGCAGCAGCUCAGCAAGGACGCUUCUCUCAGAGAUGGACAAAGAGCUCGGUUCCAGCACCCGAUCGAAACCGCGGUUUACAGGGAAGGUCCGUCUGUGUAUUGCUCGCUACAGUUAUAAUCCUUAUGAUGGGCCAAAUGAGCAUCCAGAAGCAGAGCUCCCCCUGGUGGCAGGAAAGUACCUCUACGUUUACGGAACAAUGGAUGAGGAUGGCUUUUAUGAAGGAGAGCUCCUAGAUGGCCAACGGGGGCUCGUCCCCUCCAAUUUUGUGGAUUUUAUACAGGAGGAGAAAACCUCUGUUCAAGACUCAGUAGCUAAAGAACCUGGCAACCUCAACCACAGUAGCCUGGGACCUCAGAGACUCGGGGUCAGCAGGGGUAUCACUGCAAGUCUAAGCAGCCUGCUGUCCGACAGUAAACAAGGCUGUCCAAACGACAGCAGCAGCAGCCUCGGUGUGGACCUCCUGGGCUCUUCCAGCAAUGGGACGGGAACCUUAGAUGUCAAUAUUGAUGAGGUCGGUGAAAACAUUGUGCCUUAUCCUCGCCGCAUUAACCUGAUUAAACAACUGGCCAAGAGUAUCAUCAUUGGCUGGGACCCCCCUGUGGUUCCUCCCGGCCGGGGGUCCAUUAGUGGCUACAAUGUCUUGGUGGACAAAGAGAUUCGAAUGAGUGUCCCUUACGGAGGCAGGACUAAGUCCCUUAUUGAGAAACUUAAUCUGGCAACCAACACCUACCGGAUCUCCGUGCAGAGCAUUACUGAGCGCGGCUUGUCAGACGAGCUCCGGUGCACGCUGCUGGUGGGUAAAGAUGUGGUGGUGGCACCUUAUUACUUGCGGGUGGACAACAUCACACAGGGCUCAGCUGAGCUCUCUUGGAUGCCCAGCAACAGCAACUACAGCCACACCCUCUUCCUCAAUGGCGCAGAGUACGACAUGAUAAAGCCCGGGGGAUAUAAAUACCAAUUCUUCAACCUGAAGCCCAUGACGGUUUACAAAGUGAAGGUUGUGGCACAGACACACCAGGUGCCUUGGCAGCUUCCAACGGAGCAGAGGGACAAGAGGGAAAUCUCUGUGGAGUUCUGCACUCAACCUGCAGGGCCUCCGCUCCCGCCACAGGAGGUUCAGGUCCAAUGUGGUCAGACACCCGGGGUUCUGCAGGUGAGAUGGAAGCCACCACCGCUGACUACAGCUGGUACUUCCAACGGUGCCAGUGUCAUUGGAUAUGCUGUAUGCACAAAGGGAGAAAAGAUUGCAGAAGUCUUGUACCCGACAGCAGACUAUGUGACAGUGGAGUUAAACAGAAUCAAAUGCUUGGAGGCCAGGGAGGUCAUCGUAAGGACGUUAUCAACACAAGGAGAGUCCCAGGAUUCACCUGUGGCCAUCAUCCCGCAUAAUCUACUGGGCUCUCCUCGUCUGUCGCAUCGAACUACUGGGCCCCCACACACUUUGCCUCACCCACCGUCUCACCCACCUCUCCCCCAAACUCACCCUCCUUAUCCAUCCACAUAUCCGCCAAUCCAUCCCCAGCCACAAGUGCAGCCUCUGUCUCGAGCCCAGCCUCACGCACAGACGCACUCGCAGCCCAUCUGUCACCCUCCGCCCCACGCCAAUCCUCAGUUCCAGCGCCCGCCCGGGCCCAAGUCAAAACCGCUCCUAAGUGCCAGAGAACCUGAAACCAAAGAGCACGAGGCGAGCAUGCGGCCCGGCCCGCCCUGGGAACGCUCUCCUUCCCCGCUGCCUCCGAUGCGCGGACCCAACCUGGAGCCGCCGCCCUUUCAAACACGCCGUUCGCCCUCUCCUCAGAGGAUCCUGCCGCAGCCUCAGGGAGUCCCCAUCCCCAACACUAUCGCCAAGGCCAUGGCCAGGGAAGCUGCUCAGAGAGUGUUUGCCGAAGGCAACAGGGUGGAGAAGCGGAACAUCUUCAGCGAGCGGGGUAACGCCCUGCACCCACUGAACUCUGAUGAGGAGGAGGACGGUUAUGAUUCUCCUCAUGCAAGAAGAAGAGGGGCUUCGGUGGACGAAUUUCUUAGAGGCUCGGAACUGGGCAGACAGCAUCAUCAUCAUCAUCAUCCCCACCACUACAGCCACAGCGAGGAGUACUACACAGAGAGCAGCCGGGGAUCAGACUUGUCCGACAUCAUGGAGGAGGACGAGGAAGAUCUCUACUCUGAGAUGCAAUUAGAAGAGGGCCGUAGGAGGAGCAUCAACUCUCACAACUCUCUAAAGGCAUACUACAAGCGUCAGGACCUUGCCGAGGAAAGAGACUGCUGGGACCUCCAGAGGGAGGUAGUAAAGCAGAAGUCGCUCCGUAGCAAGCGCCUCCACAGCAUCCCUGAGGUGGAGGAAGAGACGGACGGUGUGGACAACAUGGGCCAGCGCCUGUGCUUCGAGGAAGGCGGCCGGCCGGGAACGCCGCGCGCCGGACGAAGGACGUACGGCCAUGACGAUAACAUGCACAAGCGCGGCGUCACCUCUGGCAAGAGCCUUCGCCAUUUGCAGCGCCAGCGCUCUUCACCCCGCUUCGCCGACAUCCGCUACUACUGCAAUCCGGAGGACCGCAUCCUGGGUCGACCCAACCGCCAGAACACCAAGAGUCCCGACAGCGGUUUGGACUGCGGUAGUGAGGAAGAAGGAUCUCUGAGCAGGGGUCAUCGAGGUUUCUAUACCCAGGCGGCUCCCAUGCGCAUCAUCCACUGUGAAGGUCCGGUAGAAAGGCGAGCGCUCGCCAUGGGCCGUAAGAGAACAUUGACACGCCAGUGCAGUGUAGAGGAGGAGUUUGCUGACAUUCCAGUGACCUCUGCAAAGUCAGUCCACACCGGUGACUUUAAAAACCGGGAACACUUUGGGCCACGGCACUACUCCCGGGAGGGGGCCCUGAGUGAGGCCAGGCUGAAUGAGCUGGACAGAGCCUAUUACAGUCCUCACAGGGGGGGCAGGGCCCGGUCUUUGUCCAGGCUCCACUGGGACCAGUCGCUGCUCAUUGGAAACUCACCACCUCAUGGAAAUGCCAACCGUCUGGACCAUACAGGGCGGAGGCCGGUUCACAUUGGCACCCCCCCUCAGGGACGACCCAUCCCUUCCAUUGAGAUCACCAUGGACAGUAACAGUGAGGGGAGUGAGGGGAACCUCUCACCUGUCAAGGACGAUGUUUACUAUGGCAGUGUAGCUCGGCGAAGGAUAUGGCCAUCUAUGUCCUCAGAGGAUCAAUAUGACAGCUAUGGCGGACGCAGGCACGGCCGGGAUCGCCGCUCGCAGGAUUACUUUGAGGAAUCAGAAGCGGAUGAGCUGACACGUGUCUUUGUGGCCCUAUUUGACUACGACCCGCUGUCGAUGUCUCCUAAUCCUGAUGCUGCUGAUGAGGAGCUCCCUUUUAAGGAGGGCCAGGUCAUCAAGGUGUUUGGAAAUAAAGACACGGAUGGCUUCUACAGGGCAGAAAUUCGAGACCGAGUGGGUUUGAUUCCUUGUAACAUGGUCUCUGAAAUCCAAAUAGAGGAUGGUAACAUGAUGGGCCAGCUACUCAAACAGGGCUUUCUCCCACUCAACACUCCUGUGGACAAGUUAGUAAACUGUGAUCGUUUCAAAGGUGGACGCUCAAUAAAUCGCAGGUCCAGAAAGUCCAAGCGAGAGAGGAACAGACGGAGCGGCCGUCAGCAUUCGAUGUCAACCCGCAGAAUGAUAGCGCUGUAUGACUACGAUCCAAGAGAGAGUUCCCCAAACAUUGAUAUUGAGUAUGAGGGCAACAGACUAGAUGACGAGGCUGAAUUGACAUUCUGUGCUGGAGAUGUCAUCACUGUUUUUGGGGAAAUAGAUGAAGAUGGAUUUUAUUAUGGUGAGCUCAACGGACACAGCGGUCUUGUUCCUUCCAACUUUCUAGAAGAAGUGCCUGAUGAUGUCGAGGUUUUUCUCACGGACUCACCAUCACGAUACCCGCAGGACACUCCCACACGGAUAAAGACCAAAAGGGUUCCGUGGGACAAAUGGGGUCGGCCCAGAAGAGCAAGCGCUCCCACAGUGCAUCCACGCAUCUGCACUCCCAUCAGGGCCCCGCUGGACACGCAUGCCUCCAUAAGGACAAAAGGACUACACUCCGAAGGGAAGAACCUGCUGCUUGGCGCUGUUAACUGACAACUUGAUCUUCUUUUGACACACAAGGAACAGGUGGCAUUUAUUCCUUGAUACUUUUACUUUGGCAAAACCUGACAAGUUACUUGUGGAAAGUGGGAGUAUUUUACAUGGUGCAGUCAGUAUGCUGUCAGGAGUACUACAGUGACCACUCGGGAUUUCCCCAUUAAAAUAAGCAAAGCAGCAGUCACUUCAGACACAUCGUAGGUCAAAGCUCCAUAUACAGUACUUGCCUUAUCAGUUUAUUUAUUUUUUUAAACAUGAUCAAAUGUGACCAAGUUUCUGCAAAUGUCUUAUUUGUGUUGUCUACAAAGUCACGUGGCACUCAAGAAAUGUCCUUUUCCCAUACAAUCAGAUCUGAUAUUUAUAACUCCUGGAGUUCUUUGCCCCGGACUUUAAAAUGCACCCCCUCGCCCCAAAAAGUAACAUCGGUAAAAAUGAGCACUUUGGUUAUUUGAUGACCCUUUGGAGAUUGGAUUGAGAGUGGCAGUUAAAGUGACAAAAGGCUACCUCUUUAGAACCCCUCUAUCCUGGACCCAAACCUGCUUCAUUUGAAAUGUCAGAUCCUGAUUCUCAGAUGACGCAGGAUCAAGGUACUGUAAAUGUAGAUAGUAUACGUAGCCACUCUUUAUUCCGUUUGUCGUGAAUGUAUGAUCAGUUGAAAGGUACUGUUUUCUAGCUGCCCCCAACAGUACAAUGACCAUCAUAGCGUUAAUCCCAUUUUAUCCGCAUGAAUCAAAAGGGAGGGACCCAUUCACACUGACAAAAACUCUCAACUGCCAAAAGAAAGCUCAAACGUAUGCAACGCAAUCUGUAAAAUGGAUACACUUGGUGUUCAGAAAUGUCAGUCUAUGGUUAUCUUCGACCAAUAGUUCCUUUAGCCCACAUUGCUUCCAAGCAUUUUUGUGUGACUGUUGCUCUUUUGUAAAUUGUUUAUAAAUGUUUAUACUUGAUUUUCAAACUGCCUUUUUGUACAUUCACUUUAUAAUUAUGCAGUGCAAGCGUUUCUCAUGGUGUGAAGAUCUUUUAGUUUGCAAUGUGAGCUAGCUUUAUUAUAAGAAUAAUCAGCCUAUAUUGCUGGAUUACUGUGUGGGUGCAUGUGCAAUCUUUUCUAAAUAAAUUUGAUAUUUUUUAACAA